AUUUGUCUGUCAGCGUUGCGUGUUUCUCGGUGAAGCAAUAGGAAAAAGUUAACUUUUAUCACAAGCUUCAAGAGCCAAGACUUUCAUGCUGUCUUGUUUACAUGAUGGAUGCCUUUGUCAUAUCUUCUGCAUCAGAAGAAAUUAUUUCAAAUGAGCAUGAGAGUUAUCGGCCCCCUCUGGACCUGUACCCCUACCUGAGUGGUGUGGGAGAUAUUUAUGAAGACCACAGAUGGGUCCUCCACUCUGAUCGAAUCCAGGGGUCAGACUUUGAGAGCCCCCCCGUGAAUCAGCUGACCGAGCUGCAGGCGGUGUCUCCUCAGCAGAUGCUCCAGCCGUUCCGCUACAGCAGCGAGGCCCUGCACCUCCACCUGGACCCCCCACUCGCUCCCCUCUCCCUCCCAUCACAAAUCCCAUAUUACACCCCGUCCCUGUGCUACCAGUACCUGCCCGCAGCCUCACCUGGACAUUUCUACUCAGAGGAGCACCAAAGAACCCUCAGCCCCCCGCUGGAGGUGUCAGAGGGGGAAGAUGAAUGUGAGGACCAUCACCGCUCCUUCAACAGAGAAUCUACUAAGAGGAAAAUCCGCUUGUAUCAGUUCCUCCUGGACCUGCUUAGGAAUGGAGACAUGAGUGACAGUAUCUGGUGGGUGGACCAGGACAAGGGCAUCUUCCAGUUCUCCACAAAACACAAAGAAGCUCUGGCAAUCCACUGGGGUAUUCAGAAAGGAAACCGCAAAAAAAUGACCUAUCAAAAAAUGGCUCGAGCUCUGAGGAACUAUGGUAAAACUGGAGAGAUCAAAAAAGUGAAGAAGAAGCUCACCUAUCAGUUCAGUGAAGAAGUGCUCAGGAAUUACUACUUGCGCCAGUAUCAUCAUUGAUCGGGGAACAGCUUCCUGAUUUAUUUAUUUGUAAUCCCAGUGUGUUUUUUUUCUGAGCAUUUGUUUACUUUUUCUAAAAAUCAGUUUGUGCAAGAAUUAGUACUCCUGUAUGCAGAAUAAACACACACUCACACGUUGCAAUGUUUUUACCACCACAAUGUGUGCAAUGAUUGUAAAUACAUUUUCUGCUGUACUUUUCUUUUCAAAUUACUGAAAUAAACUGAGUAUUAAUAUCCACCUUUAAACAAACACGCAAACACAAAACAAGGUUGUGUUUGAGAAACACAGCCUCACAUUAUGGCCUCCAAAAUAAAACUGUGUUGCUGGAAGCCUUCCUAAAAUCCUGAAGGUUAGGAAACAGCAACAGACACACUGCCAUGCAGUAAUUAUUAUACAUAUCUUUAACCAUAACAAGGAACUGGUCAGGUAGGGUGGCAGUAAGGAAGCAUUUCCUAGCCGCCAAGUUAGUUACAGUAUAGCUUCACAGACACAGAACAUUCAGCAGUUGAUGGUGUAGAAAGAUGAAACUGGCAAAGAAAUGCAAUUGAAAGUACUGUAAAAUGUUAUGGUGUAUAUGCUGCAAGCAGACUGGUGUGUGUGUGUGUGUGUGUGUGUGUGUGUGUGUGUGUGUGUGUGUGUGUGUGUGUGUGUGUGUGUGUGUGUGUGUGUGUGUGUGUGUG